AUGAGCACAACUGAAAGCCGGAUUGCGGGGCUUCUGUCAGUUCUCUCAGAGAGCGAGGAUGCUGGACACUGUGCACUCUCUGUCUUUGCACGUAGCCUGCGUGAGACCGCGUGGAAGCAGCAGCACCACCACCACUCGCUAAAUGGUGCCCCGGUAGGUGGUGGUGGGUAUGUUGAUUUGAGCGACGUGCUGGCGGAGCGUUCGCUGGCACUGCUUCGAGAGGAGGAGGCGAUUUUGCGUGACAAGGAGGUGGUGCGGGUGGCAUAUGACAAACUGCGUGCUGAGAUGGCACGUGUUGAGGCUCAACUUAUGAGCUUGGAGCGACGAGCGCAGGAGGCGGCGCAACAGAAGGCGUUUUGCAAACUGGCGAUGAACCUGCUGGUAACAGGAGAUGUGCCGGAGUUUUACGUGCCAGAUGCGGACCGCAGUAUGGACGCUCCCCGUGAGAACACGGACGCAACUAACGGAAAUGUCGCCGGUUCAACAGUGGAGUGCACAGAGGCAGCGCCGGAGGUGGCACCAAUGAGCUCCACGUCACCAAAGCGACCACGUCGAAACAACACAUCGCAGAAACGGCACUCUGAAUCACAGCCACAACAGUUUCCCAAUGAAAACGGCACGCAUGGGGAGGCUCGUGAGGAGUCGCCAUCCAUUGAGGAGAGUGAGAAUUAUGAUAAUUUAGUCGACGGUGGGAAAAGUCAACAAACUUCCACUCUGGGGAAGACUAUUCCACGUGCGCAUGGUGGCAGCGGCUCAUGUCCGACAGGUAGUGCACUCCUUGCAAUGUUACGUCUGCCAGAUGUGAAGGAAAUGACGCUUUUGCACGCGAUUGAAAGCUAUGAUGAGCAUCAUUUUGGGAAAACGGUCGUGUGGUCCACCAAAAAACAGGAGGAGUUGCUGCCAGUACUUCUCGGUCUGUUGAAGCACCUCCCGUUGCCGCGUCCUCCCAUUCAAUUAGCGGAGCUACACAUUCUUGGUCAUUUUUUUCGUUCCCCAUAUUUCACGCAGAGUACCACAGACCCAACGCUUGCCUCUUUGCGGAAACCAACGUCUCUGCCAGAAUCCGUGGUGACCUCCAUGCUGCAUACUCUGCUAAGCGAGGGUCAGGCUGUCACGAUUCUCACGCGCCUACUUCACAGUGUUAACAAUGACGUUAAGUGCGAGGUAUUAGAGUGUCUUUCACCUCUUAUUAUAAGUGGUUGCGGAAAUACGAAUAGCGCAUGUAAUGUUGCAGAAUCUGCGUCUGAGAAGACGAGGACGUUUCCUGACGCCCGAAAGGAAUUUAUUACCUCGGGUGGGCUGCAGCCACUUGUAGGUAUCGUGGCAUCCUGUACCUCAGAAGCGGUACUGGAGCGCUCACUCGUUCUCCUAUGGAAUCUUAUUGCCCGUAACGAUGACGAAGAAAAAGUGCGUGGGGAGGUACAACGUCUU